AUGUAUAUAGUUUUACCAGAUAGGCGCGGUGGACUUGGCGACUUGGUUGAAAAGGAAACUACUGAUUCAGCUAGCUUUUUGAAUCAAUGUCUAAGAGUAGAUCCACCAUCGGUAAAAACAGGACAAUUCAAGAUUCCAAAGUUUAAGAUAACGUUUUCCUUUGACGCGACAAAAGUGCUGAAUGAAAUGGGAUUAGUUUUUCCUUUCAAUGAAUCCGAAGCAGAAUUGACAGGAAUGGUAGGUACACGUGUUUCAGUUACUUAUGUUAUUUACAAGUGUUUUAUUGAAGUUGACGAAGAAGGAACUAAAGCUGCUGCUGCUACUGCUAUUGUUGGUUGUUAUGGAUGCUCAGCCCCUCCAGUUUAUAUUCCUACUGUGGAUUUUGUUGCAUAUCAUCCAUUCAUAUUUAUGAUCAAAGACAGCUAUACUGGGGUUGUGUUGUUCACCGAAUAUGUUCUUAAUCCUCUGCUAACCUCUUAG